UCAUUCCGCUUCAUCAGUUCGAGUUCGACUACUAUUUCGAUAGAAUGUAUCUGAAGAGUUGCUGUACUCUGCUCCUGCUGGCGCUGGUCGCCUGUCAGGCUGCACCUUCGCCAAAGAUUAUCGAGACUAAGACUACCAACAAGGAGCUUACAAUAGAAGAAACUGGCGAGGAAAAAGACAGAGCCAAGAAAUCAACGACGACGUUCUGUGUACAAAUCAACUCAGAUGGAAAACAAGAAGCAAUUCCCUGCGAUCCUCAAAAGCCUAUUCUUCAGCCAGUUUCACCGAUCCAUAUCGUUCCUGUUCAAGUUCCUCCAUUAGUGUUGCCUUCUCAACCGGCUCCUCUACCAGCUCCUUUACUACCUUUUCCAUUACCACCUAAUGUAGUAGUUCCUGCACCAAUUCCUGCACCAGCUCCUGCACCAACUCCUGCACCAGCUCCUGCACCAACUCCUGCACCAGCUCCUGUACCACCUCGUGUAGUUCCUGCACCAACUCCUGCACCAGCUCCUGCACCAACUCCUGCACCAGCUCCUGUACCACCUCGUGUAGUUCCUGUACCAACUCCUAAACCAGCUCCUACACCAGCUCCUACACCAGCUCCUGCACCAGCUCCUGCACCAGCUCCAACAACAACAACUCCUAAGCCAGCUCUUCAACCUAUAUUACAGCCAACAAUUCCUGUAUUACCGCCUUGUAUUGAAGUCCCACCGCAACCUUCACCAGUUCCUCCAGUUAUCAACAUACCUUCUGCUCCUUGCACAUCGCCAUCAUUCGGAAGGGGAAAAAUUGCCUUGGUUCCACCUUCACUAGGAAAAAUUUCUCAUAAAUAUCCAGUUCUAUAUCCAGUUCGAGUCGUAUCUCAACCUGAAUUAGCGGACACAUCUGUUUAUCCUAUCAUCCCCUUGGAUGACUCAGCUCUUGAGAUUACUAGACCUGUUGAGGCUUCAGACCUGGAAUGCGGGUGCGCAAGAUUGAAUCAGGCCAGAUCGGAAGGCAACGUAUAUCAGGUGUCUCCGAUCGCGCACUUUAAUUCCAACAUUGUGAGAAGAGAUGUCACUUCACCCAUGGUCGGUGCGGUGCAGAACUAAUCGUUCUUUUUUAUCUUCUUCGAUGACCUAAAGAAAUUGGACCCGACAAAUCGAACGUCUAGAACAUUAUUUAAAACAUUAAUCUUUCUCAUGUGUGUAUAUUAUUUACUAAGAAAAUAAACACUGUUUCGUACGAUA